AUGGCUAUUUCUUUUCCCAAAACAAUACUACCACUUUACACUCUCAUCAUCGUCACGUGCUCGUUUUUCCCGACAAACGCGCAAAUCAAUAUCAACACGCCUUGCACGAGCUCGAUGAUACAAACGUUCACGCCUUGCUUGAACUACGUCACGGGAAGCAGUAGCACCGGUUCUUCUCCGACCCAAGAUUGUUGUGACUCGUUGAAGGCUUUAAUGGCGAAAGGUGUCGAUUGUGGUUGCCUUAUAGUGACUGGAAAUGUGCCAAUCUCUACUAUACCCUUUAUCAAUAGAAACCUCGCUAUUUCACUUCCUAGGAUGUGCCAAAGUUCAGUCCCUGUACAGUGUAAAGCCUCGGGUGAUCCAUUACCUGCUCCAGGUCCUGUUCUGUUGGGGCCAACUUUAGCUCCUACAACUUCAUCAACUGCUCAUACUCAGAGUCCAACAGUGGGAAUACUGAGGGUCGAAGGAGGAGAGUGCUUGGAAGGGCUGACUACAGUGGACGUGACGUGUAGGGGAUCGCAGGCGGACCAAGUGUGUUGGAUUGCGUGCCAGCAGAAGCACGGGCCGAGGGCCGAGGCAUGGUGCCGUGAAAUCCUCCCGGGCCUUCCGCGGGCCGUCGUCUGCAUGUGCUCUUAUCCGUGCUGA